UAAAUUCAAUGACAGAAUUCCAUAUGAAUUCUCGCUCUCUGUCUCUCGUAGAUACACUUCAUUUGACAAGUUCUAGAGCUUAAGGAAAAAUAGAACAAUCUACAAAGGAAACUAUUAUGGAGAGCAGUGGGCCAAAGGUUUUGGAGACUGCGGAAGAAAUCCAGCAGAGGCGUCAGGAAGUGUUGGAUCGGUACCAGAGGUUCAAGGAACGUGUUGCGGAGCGGGGUCAGAAGCUUGAGGAAUCCUACCACUACCAAGUUUUCAGGCGAGAUGUAGAUGACCUGGAGAAGUGGAUCUUGGAGAAGAUCAAGAUUGUGGAGGAUAAGAGCUAUAAAGAAACACCUACCAUAGAGGAACCUACUUACCCUAAGGAAAAGCCAGAAGCAGACACAGAGGUCCCUCCUGAAGUGAUAGAGUACAAGAACACCCUUGUUGCUGAAUCUCAAUUGGUCUAUCAAGAUAUUAAGGGGAAACAUCAAAAGCAUGAAGGCUUUGAAGGAGAAGUACAAGCAAAAUCCCAUGCCCUUCCUGAACUGGAAGAAAUCAGGGAAGCCCGAUUAGCUGAAGAUAAUUUUGCCCAUGAAGAUACCAAGACCCAUCUGGAACAACUACGUGAACUGUGGGACCUGCUGCAGGAGCUCACCAAGGAGAAGAGUGCCUGGCUACUGCAGACCCUGAAGUUCUAUCAGUACUUCCUGGAGUGUGGUGACAUCUUAGAAUGGAUCAAAGAGAAGAAAUCUAUAGUGACAUCUACAGAGCUGGGUGAGGCCUGGGAGCGCACAGAAUUUUUGCAUAAGAAGUUUGAAGAGUUCCAGGAGGAACUUUCAGCUCGAAAGAGUAGAGUGGAUGGAGUGAACAAAUAUGCCGAUGAAUGUGCUGAGGAGAACCAUCCUGAUCUGCUCGUAAUAAAGUUAGAGCGGGAUGAGGUCAAUGCUGCCUGGGAGGAUCUCUGUAAUCUGGCUCUCCAAAGAAGGGAAGCUUUGUCCAGUGCUGCAGACCUACAGCGAUUCAAAAGGGAUGUGACCGAAGCCAUCCAGUGGAUCAAAGAGAAGGAGCCUCUUCUCAUCUCUGAGGACUAUGGCAAAGAUCUUGUUAGUUCUGAGGCCCUGUUUCACAGCCACAAGGGACUGGAGAGGAACCUUGCAGUCAUGGAGGACAAGGUAAAGGAGCUAUGUGCCAAAGCAGACAAGUUGAUGAUCUCCCAUCCUUCGGAUGAACCUCAGAUCAAACAAAUGAAAGAAGAUCUGUUCUCCAACUGGGAGCACAUUCGUACCUUGGCUACUACCAGAUAUGCAAAGCUGCAGGCUUCUUACGGGUACUUUCGGUUCUUAUCAGACUAUGAUGAGCUCUCAGGUUGGAUGAAUGAGAAGACGGCUCUGAUCAAUGCUGAUCAGCUGCCAACAGACGUGUCUGGUGGGGAAGUCCUACUAGACAGACAUCAGCAGCAUAAGCACGAGAUUGACUCUUAUGAUGACCGAUUUAAAUCUGCUGAGGAGAUUGGCCAAGAACUACUGGAUGGCAAGCAUGAAGCCUCUGAUGAAAUUCAGGAAAAGAUGACAACGCUUGCCAACAACUGGGCCACCCUGCUGGAGCUGUGGGACAAGCGUCAGCAUCAGUACAAACAAUGUUUGGACUUUCACCUCUUCUGCCGAGACAGUGAGCAAGUGGACAGCUGGAUGAGUAGACAGGAGGCUUUCCUGGAAAAUGAGGACUUGGGAAACUCAGUGGGGAGUGUAGAAGCCCUGAUUCAGAAGCACGAUGACUUUGAGGAAGCCUUUACUGCCCAGGAAGAGAAAAUUAUAACCUUAGAUGAGACUGCCACCAGACUGAUUGACAAUGACCAUUAUGAUUCGGAGAACAUUGCUACUAUCCGUGAUGGGCUAUUGGCUCGGCGAGAUGCUCUACGUGAAAGGGCUCACACUAGAGGGAAACUGCUGUCAGAUUCCCUGUCUUUGCAACAUCUAUAUCAGGACUCAGACUACCUAAAAAACUGGAUUAACAAGAAAAAAAAGUUGGCAGAUGAUGAAGACUACAAGGAUACACAGAACUUGAAAAGUCGGGUUCAGAAGCAGGAAGACUUUAAAAAGGAAUUGGACACUAAUGAGAUCAUGCUUAAGAACCUUGAAAAACUUGCCCAGGAGAUGGUAGAUGAUGGCCACUAUGCUUCUGAGGAUGCGACAGCCCGUGUCAAUGAGGUUGUAGGUCUCUGGAAGGAGCUGCUUGAGGCAAUAGCACAAAAAGGGACCCAGUUGCAGGAAGCGAAUCAGCAACUGAUAUUCGAAAAUACUGCGGAAGACCUGAAGCGCUGGCUGGAUGAGGUGCAGAGUCAGGUCACCUCCGAGGACUACGGGAAAGGCCUGGCUGACGUGCAGAAUCUGCUCAGGAAACAUGGCCUCUUGGAGUCGGCUGUGGUUGCUCGUCAGGAUCAAGUGGACACCCUCACAGACAUGGUUGCCCAUUUUGAAGAAAUAAGCCACCCCGAUUCCGGGGAAAUGCGGGCAAGGCAAGAGUCCUUGGUGUCCCGGUUUGAAGCUCUGAAAGAGCCACUGGCUACCCGGAAGAAGAAGCUCAUUGAUCUACUCCACCUGCAGCAGAUCUGCAGAGACUCGGAGGAUGAGGAGGCCUGGAUCCAAGAGACUGAACCCUCAGCAGCUUCUACCCACCUCGGCAAGGACUUGGUUGUAGCCAAGAAACUUUUGAACAGGCACCAAGUGAUCUUGGCAGACAUUGACAGUCAUGAGCCUCGCAUCCGCGUGAUAACAGAAAGGGGCAAUGCAAUGGUAGACGAAGGACACUUCGCUGCAGAAGAUAUAGCCUCGAGGGUUGAGAGUCUGAACCAGAACAUGGAGUCUCUCCGUGCUCGAGCUAAGAGGCGGCAAGAUGAUCUCGAGGCGAAUGUCCGUUUCCAGCAAUACCUGGCUGACCUGCAUGAAGCAGAAGCAUGGAUCAGAGAGAAGGAGCCCAUUGUGGACAACACUAACUACGGGGCUGAUGAAGAAGCAGCUGGGGCUCUUCACAAGAAGCAUGAGGCCUUCCUGGAGGAUCUUGCUGUGUUUGGACAGACUAUGAAAGCACUACAGGAGCAGGCAGAAGCCUGCCAGCAACAACAGGCUGCACCAGUGGGAGAUGCUGCUCAAGAAGUGAGAGUUCUGGCUUUAUUUGACUUCCAGGCCCGUAACCCACGAGAAGUCACCAUGAAGAGGAAUGACGUCUUAACUCUACUCAGUUCCUUCAACAAGGACUGGUGGAAGGUUGAAGCCGAUGAUCACCAGGGCUUUAUCCCAGCCAACCAUGUCAGGAAACUGGCCCCAGAUGAGCUCCGGAUGCUACCACAGAGGCGACGAGAAGAGCCAUUCAACAUUGCCCAGCGCCAGGAGCAGAUCGAACACCUGUACGUCUCCCUCCUUGAUCGCGCAGAAGAGCGCAGGCGUCGACUACUGCAACGUUACAAUGAGUUCCGGCUGGCUUAUGAGGCGGGAGAGAUGAUGGACUGGAUCAAAGAGAAAAAGGAGGAGAACACAGGCAUUCAACUAGAUGACGUCUGGGAGAUGCAGAAAAAAUGUGAUGAGUUCCAAAGGGAUUUGAGGACCAAUAAGCCUCGACUAAUGGAAGUGAACAAAGUAGCUGAUGAGCUGCUAUUUGAAAAACUUCUAACACCAGAAGGUGCUCACAUCCGGCAGGAACUGAAUACCCGCUGGGAUUCAUUGCAGAGGCUUGCAGAUGAACAGCAGCAACUGCUCAGCAGUGCCCAUGCUGUCCAGGUGUUCCACAGAGAAGCAGAUGACACGAAAGAGCAGAUUGAGAAGAAAUGCCAGGCCCUCAAGAUUGCUGACCCUGGCUCAGACCUGCUCAGUGUCCAGGCCCUUCAGCGCCAGCAUGAGGUCUUUGAGAGAGAACUCAUCCCCCUGGGGGAGAAGGUCACCAUGUUGGGGGAGACAUCAGAGCGGCUCAGUGAGUCCCACCCGGAUGCCAUCGAGGACAUGCAGAGACAGCGAACAGAGCUGAACAAGGCCUGGGAUGAGCUGCAGGAGCUUACAAAGGAUCGCAAGGAGAGCCUGAGUGAGGCCCACAAGUUCUACCUGUUCCUCAGUAAGGCCAGUGACCUAGAGAAUUGGAUGAAAGACAUUGGUGGUAUGGUGUCAUCCCGGGAGCUUCCCAGUGACUUAACUGGCACUGAAAUCUCGCUAGAGCAGCACCAGGAGCAUCAUAGAGAAAUGGAGGCAGAGACCUCCACCUUCCAGGCCUUGGAAGAAUUUGGCAGAGAACUUAUUGACAGUGGGCAUAGCAAUAGCCUUGAAAUUGAGAAAAAGCUUCAAGAUAUCCAACAAAACAGAGACAAUUUGGAGGAAGCUUGGGCAAACCGCAAAAAGAUUCUAGAGCAAUGUCUGCAAUUCCAGUUUUUUCAAGGGGACUGUGAGAAGAUUGAGAGCUGGAUGGUGGCACGUGAGAAUUCCCUGCGAUCAGAUGACAAGGAUACUUUAAAUAGUCUUGAGGCCUUGAAAAAGAAACGAGAUGACUUGACAACAGCAAUCUCUGCCCAGGAAGAAAAGAUCACCAACCUAAAGGAAUUUGCUGAUCGUCUUAGAGCUGAUGACCACUAUGCCAAGCGAGAGAUUGAUGCCCGGCUCCAAAAAUUGCUGGACAGAUGGAAUGCUCUUAAAGAACUGCUGGAUGCUGAGUGGGCAAAGCUUGGGAAUCUGGCUGACCUAAAGCAGUUGUACCGUGACCUUGAGGAGCUGAAAGAAUGGAUCGAAGAGAAGCUGCCCACAGCCUGUGAUGAAUCCUACAAAGACCCCAGCAACAUACAGGCAGAUAAUGUGGUUCUUGCUUGCGUUCAGAGGAAGUAUCUGAAACACAAAGCCUUUGAAAAUGAAGUCUUUGGUCGAAGGAAAGAAGUAGAAGACGUUUUGGAACUGGGCAAGUCCCUCAUUGAGCAGAAGGCAUGCGAUGGCAAUGAAGAGGCCGUAGAGAAUCAGCUGUGUGACUUAAAGGAAGAGUGGGGACUCCUGUAUGAGAGAACAACUGAUAAAGGGAACAAGCUUGACGAGGCGAGUCGCCAACAGAGGUUCACCUCAGGCAUCCGGGACUUCCAGUUCUGGCUCUCAGAGGCAGAGACAUUGCUGGCCAUGAAAGAUCAGGCCAAGGACUUGGCUUCAGCAGGAAACCUGCUCAAAAAGCACCAGCUACUGGAAACAGAGAUGUUGGCUCGAAACGAUGCACUCAAGGAACUGAAUAAACUGGCUGAGGAUCUGGUCUCCAGUGGAACUUUCAACAUUGACAAGAUAGAAGAGGACACAAAGAAUGUCAAUGAGCGCUUUGAGAGUGUUCAAGACUUGGCUGCUGCACACCAUGAGAAACUGAAGGUGGACUAUGCCUUGUUCCAGUUUUUCCAGGACCUAGAUGCUGAGGAGUCAUGGAUAGAGGAGAAGUUGUUACGUGUGAGCUCCCAAGAUUAUGGCAAGGAUCUGCAGAAUGUUCAGAACUUAAGGAAGAAGCACAAACGCCUAGACGGGGAGCUGGUGGCACAUGAACCUGCUGUCCAGAACGUUCUGGCUAUGGCAGAAAGCUUGAAAGACAAGGCUGCUGUGGGACAAGAGGAGAUCCAGGAGCGGAUGUCUCAGUUUGUUGAACACUGGAAGAAACUCAAGGAGUUGGCCCAUACUCGGGGCCUUCGGCUGGAAGAGUCUCUGCAUUACCUGCAGUUCAUGGAGGAUGCGGAAGAAGAAGAAGUGUGGAUCAGGGAGAAGGAAGCCCUGGCUGCCCGAGGGGACUGUGGAAGCACCUUGACUGCUACUCAGAACCUACUAAAGAAGCACGAAGCUUUGGCUAGUGACUUUGCUGUUCAUAAGACCCGAGUGCAAGACAUCUGUGGACGAGGAGAAGACAUCCUGAAUAAGGAGGAAAGUCAGAACAAGGAGACAAUUUCUGCGAAGAUUGCAGCUCUGAAUGAAAUGAUUGCUUCUCUGGACAAGGCACUAGAGGCUUGGAAGUUGCAAUUGGAAGAUGAUCUUGUCUUACAGCAGUUCAACUGGAAGGCUGAUGUGGCAGAGUCCUGGAUAGGGGAGAAAGAAGCAAGCCUGAAGAACAAAGGCAAUAGUGCAGACCUCACUGCCUUUCUCGGGCCACUGGCAAAACAGGACACUCUGGAGGCCAGUCUUCAGAGCUUCCAGCAAGAACAACUUUCUGAGAUCACUGACCUCAAGGACCAACACGUAGCUGGUCAGCACAGCCAGGCCAAAGCCAUUGAGGAGCGCCAUGCUUCCCUGUUGAAGCACUGGGAACAGCUGCAGGAAGCUGCUGCAGCUCACAGACAGAAACUACAGGAGAAGCAGCUGCCUCUACAGCAGGCUGAGGAGCUGUUCAUGGAGUUUGCACACAAGGCAUCAACUUUCAACAACUGGUGUGAGAAUGCCGAGGAGGACCUGUCAGAGCCUGUGCACUGUGGCUCCCUCAGUGAAAUUCGGCAGCAGCAGAAGGACCAUGAGGCCUUUAUGGCCACCAUGGUUAGGUCUCAAGAAGACUUCAAAUAUUUGCUAGAGCUUGACAAGAAGAUUAAGGCCUUAAAUGUGCCUUCCAGCCCUUAUACCUGGCUAACAGUAGAGGUGCUUGAAAGGGUCUGGAAACACUUGUCUGAAGUCAUCCAGGAACGGGAGCAGGAGCUGCAAAAGGAAGAGGAAAGGCAGGUCAAGAACUUUGAGAUGUGCCAAGAAUUUGAGCAGAAUGCCAGUGCCUUCCUUCAAUGGAUCCAGGAGACCAGGUCUUACUUUCUGGAUGGAUCUUUGCUCAAAGAAACAGGAACCCUGGAAUCCCAACUGGAGGCAAAUAAAAGGAAGCAGAAGGAGAUCCAAGCAAUGAAGCGUCAGCUAACCAAGAUUGAGGACCUAGGGGACAGCAUGGAGGAGGCUCUGAUCCUUGACAUAAAAUACAGCACCAUUGGAUUGGCCCAGCAGUGGGACCAGCUCCAUCAGCUGGGAAUGCGGAUGCAACACAAUCUGGAGCAACAGAUCCAAGCCAAGGAUACCAUAGGUGUGAGCGAGGACACACUAAAGGAGUUUAGCACCACCUAUAAACAUUUUGAUGAGAAUUUGACCGGGCGUUUGACUCACAAAGAAUUCCGAUCCUGCCUAAGAGGACUCAAUUACUACUUGCCCAUGGUAGAAGAAGACGAACCUGAGCCCAGGUUUCAGAAGUUCUUGGAUGCUGUGGAUCCAGGGAGGAAGGGCUAUGUUUCACUGGAAGACUACACAUCAUUCCUGAUUGACAAGGAGUCAGAAAAUAUCAAGACCAGCGAUGACAUAGAGAGUGCUUUCCAUGCCCUGGCAGAGGGAAAGUCUUAUAUUACCAAAGAUGAUCUGAAACAGGCCCUAACCCCAGAACAAGUGUCCUUCUGUACCAUACAUAUGCAGCAGUAUGAGGACCCACGAGGUCGAACCCAACCUGCUGGCUAUGAUUAUGUUGGCUUCACCAAUUCCUACUUUGGUAAAUGAUAAACGGAUCUCCUGGACCAUAGAAAAUUCACUAGGUGAGAAGUAGUGUGGGAUGAAAGAAACAGGCAAG